CCGGGGGAGGGGAGGAGAAAAAAAGAGGAGGAGGAGGGCAGAGGAAGGCUCACAGCCCCGGGGGGGUGGGGCUGGGGCAGGUGCCAAGGGGAAGGCAGGAAGGGGCGGGCAGGGCGCUGCCCCAUUGCUCGCCAUUGGGAGGCAACGGAGGAACCGCAGAGAGCUCCGGGCAUCCCGCACUGAGCGCCCCGUGGUGCGCUCCUCUCCCGGGUGGAAGCUGAGGUUGAGCUCCGGUGCGUGGCUGUGGGAGCCGGAAAACUCCGUCGGGAGUGGGCGGCCGCGGAGCGGGACCGCAGCAGACGUUCGGCGGAGUUGGGCUGAAGUCCGCGACAAAGCAACGUCGGAGGUUCUUCGGAGUCGGGCUGCAUCUUGGAGCAGAGCCUCCAAGAACAGUUUACGUCGGGAUUGGGGCUUGAAGUCGGCAGCAGAACCCCAUUGGACGUUCCUCGGUGCCGGGCUGAAGUCGGCGACGAAACCCCAUCGGAGAUUUCCUGGAGCCGAGCAGAAGGAAAACACCGUCGGAGUUCCGCUGGAAUUUGGCUGAAGUCGGCGACAAACCCCCCCCCAUCGGAGGUGUCCGGAGUUGGACUGAAGCAAAACCUCAUCGGAGUUUCCCCGGAAUUGGGCUGAAUCCUGGAGCGGAGACCCCAGGAACGGUUCCGUCGGAGGUUUUCCCCGGAGUUGGGUUGAAGCAAAACCCCGUUGGAGGCUUCCCAGAGUUGAGCUGAAGUCAGCAACCGAACUCAGUCAGAGGAUCCCCGGAGCUGGGCUGAAGUCGGUGACAAAAGACCCGCUGGAGGUACUCGGAGUUGAGCUGAAGCAAAACCCCGUCGGAAAUUGCCAGGAGCCGGGGCUGAAGCCUUUGGCAAAACCCCAUUGGAAGUUCUCUGGAUUUUGGCUGCAUCCCGGAGCCGAGUCCCGGAGCACCGUCCUGUCAGAAGUGCAGUGAAGCCCCCAUCGAAGCCUGAAAGGACAGAGGGGGGGAAGAAAAAAAAAAAAAAGCCAGAUUUCCACCUCGGACAGCCCGACCUCACCCCAUUGCGGAGCCUCAGCGGAGGUUCCCCUCUCCCAAUCCCCGCUCCAAGCGGCGGGGGAACCUUUUCCCCUCCAUGGACUGAGAUGGCCUCGGAGUUGGCCAUGACCGCGGAGCUGCCCACCAGCCCCCUCGCCAUCGAAUACGUCAACGAUUUUGACCUGAUGAAGUUUGAGGUGAAGAAAGAACCGGCGGAGGCCGAGAGGCUGUGCCACCGCCUGCCUGCCGGUUCUCUAUCUUCCACCCCUCUCAGCACCCCGUGCUCCUCCGUGCCUUCCUCGCCCAGUUUCUGCGCUCCCAGCCCCGGUGGGCAACCGAGUGCUGGUCCCACCGCCGCUCCCCUGGGCUCCAAACCGCAGCUGGAGGAGCUGUAUUGGAUGUCGGGCUACCAACACCACCUCAACCCCGAAGCGCUCAACUUGACCCCGGAGGAUGCUGUGGAAGCGUUGAUCGGCGCUCCGCACCACCAUCAUCACCACCAUCAGAGCUAUGAGUCGUUCCGGCCUCAGCCCUUUGGGGGCGAGGAGCUGCCCCCGGCCGCCCACCACCACAACGCCCACCACCACCAUCACCACCACCACCUGCGCUUGGAGGAGAGGUUUUCCGACGACCAGUUGGUGAGUAUGUCGGUGCGGGAGCUCAACCGGCAGCUGCGGGGAUUCAGCAAGGAGGAGGUGAUUCGCCUCAAGCAGAAGAGGAGGACCUUGAAGAACCGCGGCUACGCGCAGUCCUGUCGCUACAAGCGGGUCCAGCAGAGGCACAUCCUGGAGAACGAGAAGUGUCAGCUCCAGAGCCAAGUGGAGCAACUCAAGCAAGAAGUUUCCCGUUUGGCCAAGGAGCGGGAUCUGUACAAAGAGAAGUACGAGAAGUUGGCGGCGCGGGGCUUCCCCCGGGAGCCAUCCCCUCCCGCAGCCCCAAAAACUACUGCCGCUGACUUCUUCAUGUGAGCCCGGGGUGGGGUGAGGCGGAGGGGGGGGGUAGGGUGACAUUGCAAUGCCCCUUCCACCCCCUCCCUCCCCCCCAUGUGGGGAGAGCAAACGAUUUGCUUGUAUAAAAAAACAAAAAAAAAGUAUUAUUUUCUUCUGAAAAGUUGUUCCGAAAAAUGC